AUGGAUCUUUUAAGAACGGAGCGAAACAACCGUGAUCGUGCCUCUUGGAAACAUUAUAUAAGAGCUAAAGUCAGGUUUGAUGUCUCCAAGCCUCUUAGACGGUUUAAAACUGUUAAUGUUCCUGGUGGGGAGGUUGUGAAAAUCUUGUAUGAUUAUGAGAGACUUCAAAAGAGAUGUUACACUUGCCAAAUAUUGACGCAUGAACUGAGUUCCUGUCAUUUCUUCCAAGCUGCCAAGGCUGCUGCUGUGCUCAACGAAAAAGGAUCAGUCUGUCUUCAGAAGCCUUUGAUGGAGAAAAUUAUUAAAGAGGAUGAUCCUCUUUUUGGAGUGGUUCUGGAAUCUCCAGUUGGUAUUAAUCCUCAGAAUGGGAAGCCAAAAAUUGCGGAGGAAGUGUUAGAAGGAAUGAGACAGUAUUUAGUGGAUGCUGAAGGAGCUGAGAAAAUGGCAAGAAAAGAAAGAAUCAAGUGGUCCUUAAAAGAAGUAGAGCAGGAUCCGAUCGCUCAGAAAACCUUUCUCAGGCUUGAACCGGCUCCUGUCUUCACCUCUGACCUUAUCAAGGGCAAAGGCAUUGUUUUUUAUUUCCAGAGGCAAAAAGAACUCCCAAAAGAUGUGAUUUCUCAUGGAGGAAGCACCCUUAUGGCAUCUGCCAUUAGAGCUGGUAAUGCGAUGUCUUUGGAACCUAGAAACAUGGGUAUGAUGUCUGAUACUGCUGCCUUUUCUGAUUCUGCUACUGGUAGUUGGAAUCCUAGAGGUCCUACGGGUUAUAACAUUGGUAUCUCUGAUGUUUGUUCUUCCGGGACCAAAGGGGGGAAAACUUACCAGAGGAGGAGGCCGGGUUCUUUUGUCAGAAAGGCUAGGGGAAAAUCUUUUAAGGCUGAAGCUUCUAGAGAAGGGAAGAUGAAAGAUAAAGCUCCAGCCGUUGCAGAGAAAAGGAAAAGUUCGAAUGAUGUGGAGACAUCUCAAUACUCACCAAGGUCUAAGAAACCAGCGGUGGUCCCAAAUGAGGGACCACCCAAUUUCUGA